CCUACACCUAGGCUGCCCACUGGUAGAUUUAUGCUACUGUGAAUGAUAUACUAGUCACUACAUCUAAAUAUCCAUUUCCUUGCCUUUACAACUAAUCAAUAUGAGUGGUACACGAGUGGAACCUCCAGAGGUUAAAUAUACCCAGAUUUUUAUCAAUAAUGAAUUCGUAAAUUCUAUCAGUGGCAAGACGUUUUCUACCAUCAAUCCCAGUAACGGGGAAAAGAUAUGUGACGUACAGGAAGGAGAUAAGGCAGAUAUAGAUGUUGCAGUGAAAGCUGCAAGAGAAGCAUUCAAACUUGGUUCCACUUGGCGUACCAUGGAUGCAUCAGGACGGGGACUACUUCUGUACAAGCUAGCUGAUUUAAUUGAGAGAGAUGCAGAUUACCUGGCAAGACUGGAAACUUUGGACAGUGGUAAACCAUAUAAAGAUGCAACUAUAGAUAUGGUGAUUGCUACCAUAUUCUGUCGUUACUUUGCUGGCUAUGCUGAUAAAAUACAUGGAAAGACAAUUCCCAUAGACGGUCCUUUCUUCUGCUAUACCCGUCACGAACCUGUCGGAGUAUGCGGAUUGAUUGUUCCAUGGAACUUCCCAUUUGCUAUAUUCAUAUCUAAGCUUGCAAUGGCAUUGUGUUGUGGUUGCACCUGUGUAGCAAAACCAGCAGAGCAGACUCCGUUGACAACGAUCUACGGUGCGACUCUAAUCAAAGAAGCUGGAUUUCCACCAGGUGUUGUUAACAUUGUACCAGGUUAUGGUCCCACUGCUGGGGCUGCUAUCUCUGAACAUAUGAAUGUGGAUAAAGUUUCCUUCACUGGAUCUACAGAGGUUGGAAGAAUAAUUAAAGCAGCUUCUGCAAUGUCCAAUUUGAAAAGAGUUACCCUAGAACUUGGUGGCAAGAGUCCAAAUAUAAUAUUUGCAGAUGUAGAUAUGGACUUUGCUGUUGAAAAUGCUCAUCAAGCCUUAUUUGGUAACAUGGGACAAGUGUGUUGUGCUGGAUCACGUACAUUUGUACAGGAAGAUAUUUAUGAUGAAUUUGUUAAGAAGAGUGUAGAACGCGCCAAAAAACGAGUAAUUGGUGACCCUUAUGUUGGUAGUACUGAAUCGGGUCCACAGGUAUUAUUGAUUUGCUGACAAUACAACUAAUUCAGUAGUAAUUCCAGAGGGUUCCGGGG